CCAGCCUGGGAAGACCAUCUCCCGCACACAGAAGCACCCGCUAAUUUUCAGAACUCAGAGAAUGGCCAUGGUCUCUGCGAUGUCCUGGGUCCUGUACUUGUGGAUAAGUGCCUGUGCCAUGCUGCUCUGCCAUGGGUCCCUUCAGCACACCUUCCAGCAGCACCACCUACACAGACCAGAAGGAGGGACCUGUGAAGUGAUCGCCGCGCACAGGUGCUGCAACAAGAACCGCAUCGAGGAGCGCUCGCAGACCGUCAAGUGCUCCUGCCUGCCCGGGAAGGUGGCGGGGACCACGAGGAACCGGCCCUCCUGCGUGGACGCCUCCAUCGUGAUCGGGAAGUGGUGGUGUGAGAUGGAGCCCUGCCUGGAGGGAGAGGAGUGCAAGACACUCCCCGACAACUCGGGAUGGAUGUGCGCCACAGGCAACAAGAUCAAGACCACAAGGAUUCACCCAAGAACCUAACAGAAGCCUUCGUGGUCGAGACGGGAAACGGAGCUGGGGAACACGCAUCUGAGARUCGACACGUCUUACACACUCACGAGCCAAAUGGAGCUCCUCCGCGCACUCUGGCGGGCAGAGAGGGGCGGUGC